GUCGGGACGUACAACCGGACCUUUUCUGGGUUCAAGCUCAGGACAGUUUACAGCAAAUGGGAACCUGGAGGUUUCUGAAACAACUCACAUUUACCUCAUAGAGUGCAAGAUGGAUCUAAGAUCUCAUUCACACCAGUUAUUGUCUUCAUAGAGCCACAUUAAUGAACUAAUCAAUAAUCAAUACAUUCAUUCAGACCAGGACGUUUUGUAAAUGUCCAGGAUCCCAUUUGUGGUGAAUGUAGUAAAGAGUCCUCCCACAGCAUGGCUCAGCUUAUCCCCAAAGACAGGGUUAUAAUACAGUGGAAUAUAAAUCUGAUUUCUAUGUGUCUCUAUAAUAAUCAGAUUAUUGAUCAGUGUAUUGAUCAGUAAACGGGUUGUAGCAUAGCUUUGUUCCUCUGCUGCCUGUGGACUGAUCUCUAUGUGUCUCUAUGUAGGGAUGAGGGUCAAAGGUUGUGACCUUUAUGCUCCCGAGUGCCAACAGUGGGCAACACAGAGUCCAACACAGAGUCCAACACAGAGUCCAACACAGAGUCCACAACACAGAGUCCAACACAGAGUCCACAACACAGAGUCCACAACACAGAGUCCACAACACAGAGUCCACAACACAGAGUCCAACACAGAGUCCACAACACGAGAGUCCAAAACACAGAGUCCAACACAGAGUCCAACACAGAGUCCACAACACAGAGUCCACAACACAGAGUCCACAACACAGAGUCCAACACAGAGUCCAACACAGAGUCCACAACACAGAGUCCACAACACAGAGUCCAACACAGAGUCCAACACAGAGUCCAAAGUCAAAGCUAACAUUACUGCUAAGCUAGUGGAUCUGAUUGAGCUGUUAGCUGGAUAACGUUAGCUUGGUUGCUAACAUAGUGAAAUACUGUCAGCUAGCUUCCUCCAGACUCACAGGGCUGAUGUGGCUGGUUUGUUGUUUGUUACUUUGCCAGCUGGCGUUGUGGGGCGGAUAACGGAUAACGGAUAGCGGAUAGCGGAUAGCAUGAUUCAGCAUUGGGUUGCAGCUAGCUGGCUAACAUUAGCUUGCUUGCUCACUAACAUUAUUGCUAGCAAAAUACUAUCUGAGGGGAUAUGUUGGUUGGCUAACGUUAGCUUCCCCAGCUAUCCAUGAUACUGACUGAUGUAUUCUGACAAACGGUGUUGAUUUUAGCCAACAAUAAAUGAUGUAGCGGUACAAUGCUAACGGUUGCUUUCUAGCUAACUGUAGCUAAACUAAGCUGGGGUUACAACCAAGUGUGACAUCACUCAUCGGUUUGUAGAGAAUUGUUCUGAAGCCUUGAGUUUGGCGUUUUGGCCACCGCCAUGACAGCAGAGGUCACGUAGUGCGAGUUGAGCUGCUCUCAUUGUUGGUUUGGAAACAAUAUUCGGUUAACUUUACAUUUAGAAGCUUUAAGAACAAGAAUAAAUCAAAGAAUGUGUUUAAUCUGCUCUUUUAUAAAGAUUAGUUCUUCUGCAGAAAGGAAACAGACUGACCUCCUGCUCACUAACAGACUGCGUCAGUUAACAACCUUCAGAGGUCAGCACAGCAGCUUGUGUAAAUGUCAGCAGCUACCUGCCUGGAUCCAGACACCUGCAGACUUCUUCUUCAGUGGUGUUUAUUAAUCAUCGAAGACAGGAGCAGUUAAAGCCGUUGUUAUGAUUCAUAGUGUGGACUCGGAGGGAGUUUAGGUUCCUGAUGGUUCUCGUUAGAACCUGUAUCCUGUUCUGAUCAGUCCAACAUUGGCCACGAUCAGACUGAAUAUAUUUGGUAGUGAUGAUAUGAGUAAUGAAGUAUCAUCACUACCAAAGUGAGCUGUGUUUGUGGCUCCAGGCCGGUAGCUGCUCCAGGAUCAGGUGUUGUUUUCCAGCUGCUAACAUCUGUCCCUCUA